AUGGAACAAAAUAUUAUUAGCACUAUAAAGAAUGAGUGUAAUCAUCAUCAGUCGAAAUACCUUACGAUAGCACAACUAACCGCUAUUGCGGAGAGUAAAAUUAACGAAUUUAUCAUAAAUGAUAAGAGAAAAGAUAGAGAUUUGAGUAGCCUUCUGGAUAAAUGCAUUGACAUCUUGUCAAUUUACAAGAAGAAUUCGAAAGAUAUAAAAAGUAUCAUAUUUAGUAGAAAUAAGGGUGCAGUGAUUAACUCAAAUUCUGAUAUCACUAUUCAGUUAAAUUACAUAUACUACAAGAUCAUUCAUAUUAUUGUAACAACCAAUAUUCCCCUCUUAAAUGAAUUCUCAAAGGCCAAACUACAUAAGAGCUCAAAUAAUGAUACCAAUACCAGUAGUAACAAUAACGAGUUCCAAUUGAUGAACAUAUACAAUACUUUACUAGAGACAUUAUUAAGCGAUGAAAACAUAGCAAAAAUCAAAAAUUUCAUCAAGUCUUCUGUAAGACAAAGAAAACUGUACCUUGAUCAAGAAGAAUGUAGCAUGAUGGGAACAGGUUCCAUCAUUACUCCGAGUCACCUAAAUUCACUGAUUUUUUCAUCAACUAAUUCUACUUCAUCCCAAAUGGAGACACUAUUGAUAGAUAUACGAUCAAGAUUAGAAUUCAACAAGUCUCAUAUUGAUUCGAAGAAUAUUAUUUGUCUGGAGCCUAUUUCUUUUAAAAUGUCAUACUCAGAUCAUGAUUUAGAAAGAAAAUCAUUAAUCACAUCUCCUAAUGAUGAAAUUAAACUCUUCCAAAGCAGAAAUCUUUUCAAAUUCAUCGUUCUGUAUACAGAUUCAAACGAAUACAAUAUCAAGCAACAGUCUGUCCUAUUAGAUAUUUUAUUGAAUCAUUCUUUUGAGAAACCAAUAUCCGAUGACUAUACCAAAAUAUUCAUUCUGAAAUCUGGUUUUUCAAGUUGGCUGAACUCAAACCAUGGAAAUCAAGUCUCUUCGUCUUUUCCACCGAGUGGCAAUGUUAAAGAUGAUAGCGUUUAUGUUAAUGGUAACACUUCUGGUUUAAGUUUACAGCAUUUACCUAGGAUGUCUCCUAGUAUAAGACAUUCGAUGGAUGACUCUAUGAAAGAAAUGCUAAUUGCACCAACUCCAGUGAAUCACCUUCAACAACAGCAACAACAGCAAUCAAGUAGUAAUCAUGCGGUAAAAAGAUCUUCAAGUUUUAAGAAAUUGUUUUCAAACUACACUUCACCUUGCCUGAAAAACUCAAGUUCAAAUUCAAAUUUAUAUUCCAUAUCCUCAUUAUCCAUAUCGAACUCACCAUCACCAUUACUCCUACACUCGCCAAACCCGAUAAAACAUGAUUCAUUGCCAGUUAAUUAUCCAGAAACGCCACAUCUUUGGAAAAACAAUGAAGCAGAUUUUAUGACGAACCAAAGAGAACAAUUGAACCACAACUCUUUCGCACAUAUAACACCUAUUAACACUAGGGCAAUCACUUCUCCAUCAAGAACUACAACGCCAAAGUUGCAACGGUUCCCACAGACAAUUAGUAUGAAUUUAAAUAUGAACUCUAAUGGCCACAAUUCCGCCACGUCUACUAUCCAACCUUCAAGUCUUUCCUUAUCUAAUAACAACUCUUCAGAUCAUACUGAUUUCGCACCAACUUCCUCUUCUCACAAUUAUGAUCUUGAUUUCGCAGUCGGGUUAGAAAAUCUAGGAAAUUCAUGUUACAUGAACUGUAUUAUUCAAUGUAUUUUGGGCACACACGAAUUAACUCAGAUAUUCUUAGACGACUCGUAUGCCAAGCAUAUCAAUAUCAAUAGUAAGCUGGGAUCGAAGGGUAUAUUGGCAAAGUAUUUUGCGAGACUGGUUCACAUGAUGUACAAAGAACAAGUUGAUAGUUCGAAGAAAAUUUCUAUAUCACCAAUCAAAUUCAAAUUGGCAUGUGGAUCAGUCAACUCAUUAUUUAAGACUGCAUCUCAACAGGACUGCCAAGAAUUUUGCCAAUUCCUUCUAGAUGGAUUACACGAAGAUUUGAAUCAAUGCGGUUCGAAUCCACCAUUAAAAGAACUUUCUCAAGAAGCCGAGGCAAGGCGAGAAAAACUAUCGCUGAGAAUUGCCUCAUCAAUAGAAUGGGAAAGGUUUUUAACUACUGACUUUAGUGUUAUUGUCGACUUGUUUCAGGGUCAAUACGCAUCACGGUUAAGGUGCAAAGUUUGCAAUCAUACUUCGACAACAUAUCAACCUUUCACAGUGCUGUCAAUUCCUAUUCCAAAGAAGAACUCUCAAAAUAAGAUAACCAUUGAAGAUUGUUUUAAAGAGUUUACCAAAUGUGAAAAUCUGGAGGUAGAGGAACAAUGGUUGUGUCCGCAUUGUAAACAAAGGCAACCUUCUACAAAGCAAUUGACGGUGACAAGGCUACCGAGAAAUCUGAUAGUUCAUUUGAAGAGGUUUGAUAAUUUCUUAAACAAAAAUAACGAUUUUGUCAGAUAUCCGUUUUUAUUAGACUUGACUCCAUUUUGGGCUAAUGAUUUUGAUGGCGUUUUCCCUCCAGGUGUCAAUGAUGAUGAAUUACCAAUAAGAGGGCAAAUACCACCUUUUAAGUACGAACUGUAUGGUGUGGCAUGUCAUUUUGGUACUCUCUAUGGAGGUCAUUAUACGGCUUAUGUAAAAAAGGGAUUGAAGAAAGGAUGGCUAUAUUUUGAUGAUACCAAAUAUAAACCUGUCAAAAACCAGACUGAUGCUAUUAAUUCUAAUGCAUACGUUUUAUUUUAUCACCGCGUCUAUGGUGUUUGA